CAAGUUAGUGUCAAUGACAACAGAGAUCAACAUUAUUUAUAUUAGCCGUGUAUCUUGUAGAUAGUAUCUCAUCAGACUGUAGUAUUCUAAUUAAAAUGACCUUCAUUAAAACGGCUGUAAUAACUAGUUGCGUGAUUUUACAACAAUACAAAAAUCAGCAAAUAUUUUGCCAAGCUGUACGACCGGAGAAUAGACUUGCUUGUUACGAUUUGGUAGUGGUUGGUGGUGGUAUUGUGGGUGUUGCCACUGCAAGAGAACUGAAAGAAAGACAUCCGGGAUGGAAAGUGGCAAUUGUGGAGAAAGAGAAUAAAUUGGCCGUUCAUCAAAGUGGUCACAACAGUGGAGUUAUUCAUGCUGGUAUCUACUACAAACCAGGGUCAUUAAAAGCGAAAUUAUGCGUGGAAGGAAUGAAGCUGAUGUAUGAGUACCUGGAUAAGAAGAACAUUCCUUACAAGAAAUGCGGGAAGUUAAUUGUAGCAACAGAUGAGACAGAAGUGGAACAAUUGAACGAGUUACAUCGCAGAGGUCUGGCAAAUAACGUUCCAGAUCUCGUGGAAGUAGAUAAAGAAGGGAUUGGUAAAAUUGCUCCUGGUUGUCGGGGAGUAAAAGCUUUAUGGUCACCUCACACUGGAAUCGUCGAUUACAAAUUGGUUACUGAAUCGUAUGCUGAAGACUUUACAAAUGCAGGAGGAGAAAUCUACUUGAAUUUCGAAUUGGAUCAAUUCAGCGAAAGUCAAGGGGAAAGUAAGGGGGACUCCAGUAAUUAUCCAAUUAAACUAAAUGCGAAAUCUGUAAAGGACUCUACCAACGAAAUUCACGCAAAGUAUGUUCUUACAUGCGGUGGUCUGCAUUCGGAUAAGCUAGCUGAAUUAACAGGUUGUUCAGCUGCACCAAGAAUUAUUCCAUUCCGCGGGGAGUAUCUACUGCUAUCUAAAGAAAAAUGUGCGACGAUUCAGACCAAUGUGUAUCCGGUGCCAGAUCCCAAAUUUCCAUUCCUAGGCGUUCAUUUUACGCCACGCAUGGACGGUAGCGUUUGGGUUGGACCGAAUGCGGUUCUUGCAUUGAGGCGCGAAGGAUACAGCUGGUCGGAAGUUAGUUUCGGCGAGUUAUCUGAAUAUGUACGGUAUCCUGGGUUCUUACGAUUAGCAACGAAAUACUGGCUUUUCGGAUUAAAAGAAAUGUUCCGAUCGAGCCGAAUCGGCUUCCAAAUCGACCACGUUCAACGCUUUUAUCCAGACAUUAGCGUAAAGGAUUUGGGACCAGGUCCGGCAGGAGUUCGAGCUCAGGCUGUCGACGAAGAUGGUUCAUUGGUCGAUGAUUUCGUUUUUGAAUACGGUAAGGGAGACGGAGCAAUGUCGAAACGGGUUCUUCAUUGUCGUAACGCACCAUCGCCUGGAGCGACGAGUUCGUUGGCUAUUGCUAGAAUGAUUUCUGAUAAGGUCGAUCAAGAAUUCAAAAUCUAGAGCAUGGAUUUUUGCUUGCUGGAAUUAAGUCGUUUGAAAUAGGAUGACGGUUACUCAUGCAAAUGUAAAGCAGAAUCUGGUGUUGGUUGUUGGUAUAAUGAUAAAAUUGUUUAUUGUGAAAAUAAAUUUGUUUUAAAUGUA